CUGAAGACUCGCACGUUCUGCAGAAAAAUCCCCAAACAAUUGAAUGGAAGGAAGUUGCUCGUCACGGACAUUUUCCCUCCGUGAAGGCGCAUUUCCUUCCUAGCACUGGCUUCUCACUGAUCUGGCUCGUUGGGAGAAGUAUGGGGAACGGCUGACCAGCUGCAAAAUGGAUCGGGGAUUUGCACUGCUGAUACUCUGCUGCCUACACUGGGGCCUCUCAGGAGGCUUUCUCAUUCUUCAUGAUCAGAAAAAUCAGUGCAUUGUUGUCAGCAAACCUGUAAGUGUUGGAAGAUGUAACGUGACAAACCGUGCCCAGCAGUGGAAAUGGACAGAGGAUGGAAAGCUUCAGCAUAUCAAGUCUGCUAUGUGCCUUGGUAUCUCAAAUUCUUCAGCUGCACAUUCUCGUCCUGCUAUAAUGCUAUCCUGUUUCAAGGCCCCUAAGUGGAUAUGCCACGAAAAUGAAAAUCUACUUGAGGUUGCAGGGACCUCUCUUUUCCUCAGAAAGCAAGGGACGAGGCUUGUUGUAAAAAAGGGUAUGAAAUACCCAAAUACAUGGAGAAGGAUUGAAGUGGAUGGUCAAGGAGUGGCUAGCAACUGGAGCUUGUGCACAGAGCCACCAACCAAAAGCCCAAAUACAACAAAGCCACCAACCAACAGUCCACGUACAACAAAGCCACCAACUGACAGCCCAAGUACAACAAAACCACCAACCAACAGGCCACGUACAACAUAUCCACCAACCAACAGCCCACGUAUAACAAAUCCACCAACCAACAGCCCACGUACAACAAAGCCACUGACCAACAGUCCAAGUACAGCAAAUCUACUGACCAACAGCCCAAGUAAAACAGAACCUCCAACCAACAGCCCAAGUACAACAAAGCCACCAGCCAACAGCCCAAGUGCAACAACAAAUGAUUUUUUAAAUGUAACCUCCCUGCCAUUAAUACGGCUGACCAAUAGCACAGAAUUAAUUAGUCAAAAUGGCACUAGCUGGUAUGUUACUGAGCUGGGCACUACUGUAACUACAGAUGUCUUGCCUCCUACAACUACACAACUGCAUGAAAACUCAAUUGCAGAGUAUGUGGAACCAGUGAAAUGUACAAUCAACAAUACAGAUGCAAAGGUUACCUCGCAGUCUAUCUACUUAGAGUGGACCAGUCCAGGCAAUCACUGCAACUUCAGCUUGUCCUGCAGCUCACAUAACUUUUGGGAAACCUCCUGCAACCCCAUCCAAAAGUCUAAUGAUUCUUAUGAAUGCAAUAUAAGUGGGCUUGAGGCUGGAACAGUCUAUGACCUAAGGAUUGUAGCGCUACAGGAUGGCCAAAUGAAAAAUCUCUCUCUGCAAACAGAUCCCUUGCCACCUUCUCACUUUGUUGUAAAUAAGAAUUCAGUCACAUCAUCAAGUCUUCAAGUUAACUGGGCUCCGUCUUCAGGCAAAGUGGAUCUCUACAAAGUGAAAUUACUUGAUAGCAAAAAAGAAAUUGUUGAGCAGAUUGAAAUUCCUGGAACAAGCUUAAUAAAAGAAGUGACAUUUAAGAACCUGAUUCCAGGCACCAAAUAUAGCAUUGAAAUAGCUGCAGUUUCUGGGAACAAGAGGUCACCAGCAUCUGUGAUCAAUGCAUCUACAGUUCCAUCUCCUGUAAAGAGUAUUGAUGCUAAUAGCAAAACAGACAGCGCUGAUGCCUCAUGGAAACCUGGCCAUGGACACAUUGACAACUACAGGCUUAUUUUAUUAAAUGAAGAACGCAAAAUAACAGAAGUGAUCUUGGAACAAAAUAUCACUUCAUACAGUUUUCAUGGGCUUCUCCCAGGAUACGUCUAUAACCUCACAGUGAUCUCGGAAGCAGCUGGUCUGAGAGCCUGGAACUCUAAAUUAAUAAGAACAGCUCCUGUAGAAGUGCAAGCCAUAUAUGUACAAAGUGAUGGCAGGACAGAUGCGCUAAAUGUUCAGUGGAAAGAAUCUCGAGGCAAGCUAGAUUUCUACAAUGUCACGUUAUCUGAUAAUGGUUCUAUAAAAUACAGCAGGACUGUGCAUCCGAAAACGGUCACAGAGAUCACCUUUACUGGCCUCAUCCCAGGACACCUUUAUCAGGUCAGCAUCAGCACUGUUGCUGGUGAAUUAAGCACAAGUAGGAUGGCAACUGGUCAAACAAUGCCUGAGAAAGUUACAGAUCUAAAGGCUGUGAGUAAUGGUUUGAGAUCCCUAAGACUGAGUUGGGUGCCACCUUCUGGAGACUGGGACAAGUACAACAUAGUGCUGUACAACCAUACAACUGUUUUGGUGAACACCACGUUAGAAAGACAUUACAGAGAGUAUGUUAUUCAGGAUAUUGGACUAAUACCUGGAAGACAGUAUGAAGCUGCCGUUAUCGUAGAGAGUGGAAAAUUUAAAAACCCUGCUCGCUGCAAGGGCAGAACAGCUCCACCGCCAGUCUUGGACCUUCGCAUAAAGCAUGCCAAUGAAACGUCCCUUACAAUCAUGUGGGUAAUGCCACUUGCGGAAUGGGAUAACUAUGUGGUUUCACUUGCUGACAGAGAUCUUACCCCUGUUAACAAAGUUCUUUCUAAAGAAGCCAAGGAGUUCACUUUUAAUCAUCUGGCACAAGGAAGAAAAUAUAUAGCUACAGUUACCAGCAUAAGUGGAGAUUUAAGCAGCCGUGCUUUUGUUGAAGGAAGAACAGUACCAGCACAGGUGACUAACAUGAAUGUCAAAAACCAAGGCACAACCUCAAGCUUGCAUGCUGAUUGGACAAAAGCUCCCGGGGAUGUAGACUCUUACCAAGUUCACCUAAUUCAUGAAAAAAUAGUAAUCAAAAAUGAAAGUGUUUCAAGUGAAAUUAAUAAAUACAGUUUUCACUCUCUGAAACCUGGAGGUCUCUAUUCUGUUGUGGUGACUACUGUUAGUGGAGGUAUCUCAUCCAGACAAACAGUGUCUGAAGGAAGAACAGUUCCCUCCAGUGUGAGCAGGGUCACGAUUAAUAAUUUUGGUCGCAGUGACUAUCUCAGCAUUUCAUGGCAACCAGCUGCUGGCGAUGUUGACAUCUAUUUUGUGGCCCUGUCUCAUCAGAAUAACAUACUGCCACCUCUAGCAAUAUCAAAAUCUGUCAACGAGUGCUCCUUCAGCUCUCUUACUCCUGGUCGACUUUACAAUGUUACAGUAACCACCAAAAGUGGGAAGUAUGAGAACCAUUCAUAUAGCCAAGAAUGGACAGUUCCAUCUGCUGUUCAGGGGCUUGCUGUGAACAACGCCGCAAGGAGCGAUUAUCUCAAAGCUGCCUGGUUACGUGCGGUUGGAGACUUUGAUACUUAUCAAGUCACCAUUAAGAAUAACAAUGACUUUAUACAAAUUAAAGAUGUCAGCAAGACAGAAAAUGAAUGUGUCUUUACAAACCUUGUACCAGGAAGGCUCUACAGCAUCACUGUUAGGACCAAGAGUGGGAAUUACGAGGCCAGCGCCAUGGCAAGUGGCAGAACCUUCCCAGAGGCUGUAAAGAAGCUCAGCCUUGCUGAAAGAAGCAGUGAGGAGCUCCAUGUGACGUGGUCCAGAGCUGAUGGGGAUGUGGAUCACUAUGAAAUCCAGCUGCUUUUCAAUGACAUGAAGGUUUUCCCACCAAUAACUCUGAAUAAUACUGCAGACGAAUACAAGUUCACCACUCUGACCCCUGGACGGCUUUAUAAAAUUGGUGUGCUAACAUUCAGCGGUGAAGCACAGAGGUCAAUGUUUGUGGAAGCUUUGACAGUUCCAAGUGCAGUAAAGAACAUUCAUAUUUCACCAAAUGGAAUGACAAACAGCCUUAAAGUGAACUGGACCCCAGGAGGAGGCGAUGUUGAUUCUUAUACUGUGUCCAUAUUUCACCAUAAUUCCCCAAUAGGAUCCCACACUACACCCAAACAAAUUUUUGAACACACCUUUCAAAACCUGGAGUCAGGAGAGCUUUACAAAGUGGCUGUCCAGACAAACAGUGGGUCAUUACACAAAAGCUUAGAAUCCUUCGGACGUACAAUUCCUGCAACUGUACAUAGUCUAUCAGCAGAUAAUGCAUACAGUAGUCACUUGAUGAUAGUGAGCUGGCAGAGCGCUAGGGGUGUCACUGACAGAUAUGAUAUCCUUCUUCUGACGGACCAAGGGAUUGUCAUAACUAAUAAAACUGUGCCCAUCGUGGCUAAGUCUCACAAGUUUGAGGACUUAGUACCAGGCAAAAAAUAUAGAAUCCAGGUUUUCACAGUGAGCGGAGGGCUCUUCAGUGCAGCUGUCGAAACUGAAGGACGAACAGUCCCGGCAGCAGUAAGUGAUGUGAAAAUCACAGGGAACAGCACAGACAGUUUAUCUUUCACAUGGAACAGCUCAGAGGGAGAGCUGGACUCCUAUGGGAUAUUCUUGUACAACCCAGAUAACUCUCUUCAUGACAGAAAGUCAGGCAACCCAGAUCUUCGCCACUGUUCUUUCCAGGGAUUACUGCCAGGCCGUCUCUACAAAAUGGUGAUAGUUACUCAUAGUGGAUCACUGACAAAUGAGUCUUCAAUACAUGGAAGGACAGUCCCAGCUUCUGUCAGCUUUUUACAAGUAUCAAACAGAAACACAUCAGAAAGUCUGUGGUCUACAUGGACACCAGCACUGGGAGAUGUAGACACUUAUGAACUCAUUCUUUAUAAUCCCAAUGGCACUCAGAAAGAGAAAAGACUAGACAAAGAUCUUACUGAAAGCCAAUUCCAGAACUUGGUUCCAGGCAGACUGUACACACUUGUUAUAAUCACCCAUAGCGGAGACUUGUCUAAUAAGGCUACAGCAGUUGGAAGGACAGCACCUCAGCCUCCUAAUUCUGUAUCAUUUGCCGAUGUGAAAAGCAACUCAUUGUCCAUAAUGUGGCUUGGACCUCCUGACUGGACAGAUUAUGAUGACUUUGAACUCCAGUGGUCACCAAAGGAUCUGCUGGUGGUGGUAAACCCUUACAGUAUUGGUAGAUCGAAAGGACGCAUCAUAAAUGGCAUGUACCCUGGACGCCUGUACAUUUUCGGAGUUCAAAGUGUCAGCGGCAACACAGAGAAGACCUUUAGCCCAGCCAUUUUUGGAACAGUGAGGACAAAACCUGACAAGAUACAUCAUCUGCAUUGCCGUCCACAAACGUCCACAGCCAUCUCCUGUUCAUGGACUCCCCCAGACUCAGACUUUGAUGGGUACAGUGUUGAAUGCAGAAGAAAUGGAAGCGAUGAUGUAGAGUUUUCGAAACGCAUAGAAAAAGACAAAUCAUCAAUCACAAUCACAACCCUCGUACCACACAAGAGAUAUGUGGUAUCGAUCAAAGUGCACUCUGCUGACAUGACUAGUCAAGUAAUUGAAGAUAGCACCAUAACAAUGAUAGAUCGCCCUCCUCCACCACCUCUUUUAAUCAGAGUGAAUAAAAAAGAUACAUUCAUUAGCAAGUCAUCAAUCCACUUCAGAUUUAAUUGCAGUUGGUUCAGCGACACCAAUGGAGCUGUCAAAUAUUUCACAGUGAUUGUUUGGGAAGCAGAUGGGAAUGACAACCAGAGGCCUGAGACAAUCCUUCCUUUGCCAUCAUAUGCAGAUUAUAAAACAAACAAGUCCACCAAAAUCUAUCAAACCAGCUACUUUCCAAGUCGAUGUGCUGAGAACCUUGACUACAAUAUCCAGAGUUUCAAAAUACAGCUGGGUACAGGAAUGGAACUUUUGGGUGGCAAGUGUGAUCCACAUGAAAAUAAAUACUGUGAUGGACCACUGAAUCCAAGGACAUCCUACAGGAUAAGUGUCAGAGCUUUUACCCAACUAUUUUCUGAAGAAAUUAGGACAUUCUCUGAGCCGCUGUAUAGUGACACAUUCUUCUCCAUGCCAAUCACAACGGAAGCAGAGCCUUUAUUUGGUGUUAUAGAAGGUGUGAGUGGUGGCAUGUUUCUCAUUAUCAUGAUCAUUGUGCUCACUGUACUACUCAUCUACCGGCAAAAAAAGAAGAGAGUGUAUGAGCAGGAUCCAAUGACCACACAUCUGAGUGCUCAAAUCGAAAGGAUACCUUCAGUCCAUCUAAAUGCUGGCCAGAUACCAAUAGGGGACAGAACUUCAUCAAGGCCAAUUCUAACUGCCCAGUUUGAAGAACAUUUCAGCAAGCUUCAGACAGAUUCCAAUUACUUGCUUUCUCGAGAGUAUGAGAACCUUAAAGAUAUUGGCCGAGACCAGUCUUCUGACAUUGCCCUACUCCCAGAGAACAGAGGAAAGAAUCGAUACAGCAACAUAUUGCCCUAUGAUUCCACAAGAGUGAAACUUGCCAACGUGGAUGAUGACCCCUGCUCAGACUAUAUUAAUGCCAGCUACAUGCCAGGCAUUAACUUUCGGAGGGAAUAUAUUGCUACACAAGGGCCUCUCCCAGCAACCAAAGAUGAUUUCUGGAAAAUGGUGUGGGAACAAAAUGUUCACAUUAUUGUGAUGGUGACGCAGUGUACAGAGAGAGGACGGGCAAAAUGCGAUCAUUAUUGGCCCAUGGACCAAGACUCGUACUAUUAUGGAGACCUGAUAGUGCAAAUGCUGUCAGAAUCAGUGCUUCCUGAAUGGACAAUAAGGGAAUUCAAAAUCUGCAGCGAAGAUCAAAUUGAUGCUCCUCGACUAGUCCGUCAUUUCCACUACACAGUGUGGCCAGAUCAUGGAGUGCCAGAAACCACCCAAUCCCUGAUCCAGUUUGUAAGAACAGUCAGAGACUACAUUAACAGAACUCCUGGAAGUGGCCCUACUGUGGUGCACUGCAGUGCUGGUGUUGGCAGAACUGGCACAUUCAUUGUACUGGACCGAAUGCUUCAGCUGGUUGAUACGGUGGAUUCAGUGGAUAUAUUUUCAGCUGUCCGGGAUCUCCGGAGUCACAGGAUGUAUAUGGUGCAGACUGAGUGUCAGUACGUCUAUUUGUAUCAAUGUGUAAGAGACGUAUUAAGGGCCAGGAAACUGCGCAACGAACAGGACAAUCCCCUGUUUCCAAUAUAUGAAAAUGUGAAUCCAGAGUAUCACAGAGAUGCUGUUUAUUUAAGGCAUUAAGUAUUCCUCGGAGACCGCCUUCUGCAGUGUUACUCGAUAUUUCCCAGAGCAAUAAACAGUGCCUACACUGGUUAGGUUUUCAGUUAUUUAUUUGUCUCUGUCAUUUUGUAAGCUAUAUGUAAUUUAAAUGUACAUUUCAUUCUCAGAUGUGUAUAUAUAUAUUUUUUUUAUCUGUUUCAAUUCUCACAUUAAACCAAAUCAGUAAGCUAAGAAACGUCCGUGCGCAGGUAGUGUUGCAAUUGGUUUUAUUUUCCUUUGUCAUUUUAUUUAUUGAGGAAAUGUAGCAGACACAAAUGCGUCAGUAAUUCAGUAUUUCCUGCCCCCCACCCCCAUUUACUGUAAUAAUAGUGGGCUUUCCUUCUUUUAAACUACAGUUACCUUUCUUAGUAGAUGUGUCUGAAAUUCAACACACGUAACAUUUGUCUCUUGGUUCUGCUUUACUGAACAUAGAGUAGAGUCACACUGUAAACAUAGGCACGGCUUUAAUUUCGUGAGUUUUAACAGCUGUAUAAAUUUUAUAGAUUUCAAAGCAAGUAAAUGUUAUUCCAAGAGAUAGACAAAUACUUAGGAGAGCCUUUACACCCUUUAGUAUUGAUUUUUGACACACAAUCAGGUUAGUAAACACUCUUUAUGCACCUACAGAUAAAAAUGCGGUAUAAAUACAAAACCAGGUUGACUUUAGCACUAAAGAAACAUUUUUCCAUCUUUUACACCUGCCGCUCAAAGCAGCAGUGAUACUCAUUAGGUAGUUCAAGUCAGUAUAUACUACAGCUUUAUGUCAAGGGCCCACCAGAGCUCGGUCAGCUACAUGGCUUAAUGGCUGGACAUACCUGGUAAAUCAAAAACAGAGUGAAUUGUAUGAAGACAGCUGGAUUAGUUAUUUUUACAAACUUGAAUCUUCAGUAUUGUUUAAAAAUUAAAAUAUCCUGUGUCAGUUUUUUUGGAGCUAAAAUCCUUACUUAUCCUCUGUGCUAAGAGUUAUUCCUUUCAUUAUUCAGUGUAGCGCCGCUUUUUAAAAGUUGAUGUACUGUACAAAUAAAUAUAUAUUUACUAAAUAAUGGAUAGCAUGCAAGCUGCACAUUAUUAUCAUAAACUUUAGGGCAAAGCCCAAAAUAAGGUAGGGCCAAGCCGCACCUCUUUCCAUUACUCUGUGAGUAUACGCUGAAAGUAGUAUUUUUACACUGACUGAUGUGAGGCUGAGGCUCGAGCUAAUGUGUCCUGCUGGAAGGAAAUUGUAUUGAUUCUGAGGUUAACUGAAGGCUAGAACAUAAGCUAUUUUAAUGUAGUCAUGGGAAAUAACUAUGAUUAAAUUAGUCAUUUGUAUCUAAACGGCUUUACUGUAUAAUUGGCCCAAUAUCAUACUGCAUUAUAGGACAGCAUUAGUAUUAAUAGUGCUUGGAGACUGAGUGGGUAGAACUCAGUGAAUGCCACAUUAGUUUACAGGGGGCUCUUAUACACAAAAAUGUUAUAAUAUUUAACAGCAAAACACAUAAUCUUUCUCCUGGUUAAUGGCAUUUAUAUUUUUAUUGACUAGAGUUUUGAUUAGAAAAGCAGUUCAUUCUGUUAAAUCCAAAUUCUUUCAGCAACACUGAUAACUGCUAGAAAAGAAGAUGAUCCUGAAUAAACUGAUGCAUGAAUAUUUUUAUAGGCUGCUUGAGUGACCAAGGGCUUCAGCCCCCCAAACCUUUAUACUGAUGUUUUUAUUAAUGGUUUCCAAUCAGCAGGGAACUGCACUUAGCUGCACUUCACGCAAAAAAAUCCAUUGGUAACUAGAAAUGCACAGAUUUUGCAUCAUUGUCAUAUUACUACAAACAUACACCAGUGAGGUGUUCAGUUGCACUUUGCAUUCUGCAUUUUAUAUGACCCCAUAAGUGAGCAAUAACUAGUGCACCUUUACACCCCAUAGUGAUCUAGCACUAGUGGUGCAGAGUAAAUUGAAUGACCCCUACUUGGUUUUGGCAGUUAUUUUAUCACAAUUUAAAAUACUGAAGGGAUAAAUUUGAUGGACGAUGUAUCCUUUUAUAUCAGCAUCAAUUACUAUUGUACUAUUCAGGGGGGUAUAAAAAGGGAGAUGUGUAGCCAUUUCCAAAUGGUGUUGAUAAAUGCUGGAUAAUUUUGGAUAAUUUUGAUAGGUUUCUACCAGUAGCAACAAAGAAUUGGCACAAUGCACCAACACCACUGGAUUUCACUAAUUACUGUAUAGCUUGUGCCCAUUAGUUGAGUGACUACAGAGUGGUGUUUUCAAAUAAAACCUGUCAUUUAUAACUUUUGAUAAUGAUAUAAACAUGCACUUUUGCUAUUAUUUUUUUAAAAGAUGCAAAAGAAAAUGCUUUUACUAACUGUUUAUAUUUUUUUUAAAAAGAGCGUAUUAUCUGCUAUGCAGCUGCCCCGUGACAGAUAGAUAUAUAUCUACACAUAUAUUUAUAUAUGAACUUAUACCAUGACAAAUAUAUUUGAAAUGAAAAUGGAAUAUGUAAACUGAUGUAUUUUACAUUACAAAAUGUGAUAAAUGACCUUGUGUUGUAUGACUACAUUCCUGUUGAAUGUAAAAUGAAAAGUGUCCAACAUAAAAGACUCUGCUUUUUAA